AUGGCAGCGUUAUUUGGCAAGAUUCUCAUCGGUAUUUAUGUGGAGAUCAAACGAAGCGAUGGACGAAUACAUCAAGCCAUGGUAACAUCUCUGAACGAAGACAACGAAAGUGUGACGGUGGAAUGGAUAGAAAACGGAGACACGAAAGGGAAAGAGAUUGACUUGGAGAGCAUAUUUGCACUAAAUCCAGAUCUUGCUCCCGAUGAGGAAAUUGCACAGAGUCCUGAAACCCCACCUCCUUCUGCAUCCAGUUCUGUCAAAGUCAGCAAGAUCCCCAAUAAGAAUCGUCGAACGGUCGCGCCACCAAAGGACGAAACCCCGGCCAGAGAUAACAGAGUUGGUACGACCCGAGCCCGUCCCAGUCAGCAGCAGGUGGAGCAGCCCCCGCCUGCUCCUGUUCCCCAACCCAUCCAGCAUCAGACACUGCAGCAGCAGAACGCUCGCAGAAAGUCCAACUGUGUGAAGGAGGUGGAGAAGCUCCAGGAGAAGAGGGAGAGGAGGCGACUCCAGCAGCAGGAGCUGAGAGAGAAGAGAGCACAGGACGUUGAUGCCACAACCCCUAAUUAUGAGAUUAUGUGUAUGAUUCGGGACUUCAGAGCCAGUCUGGAUUAUAGGCCUCUGACAACUGCUGAUUUGAUUGAAGAGCACAGGAUUUGUGUAUGCGUAAGGACACGACCACUUAAUAAGAAAGAGAUGUCGAUGAAAGACUUGGACGUCAUCACGAUCCCCAGCAAAGACGUGGUCAUGGUACACGAGCCCAAACAGAAAGUCGAUCUGACUCGUUACCUGGAGAAUCAGACGUUUCGCUUUGAUUACGCUUUCGACGACACCGCCACAAACGAGAUGGUGUACAGGUUCACAGCCCGUCCUCUGGUGGAGACCAUAUUUGAGAGGGGAAUGGCCACCUGUUUUGCUUACGGACAAACAGGAAGUGGCAAAACCCAUACGAUGGGCGGAGACUUCUCGGGGAAGAAUCAGGACUGUUCCAAAGGCAUAUACGCGUUAGCCGCCCGAGACGUUUUUCUAAUGCUGAAGAAGCCAAACUACAAGAAAUUAGAUCUUCAAGUGUAUGCUACUUUCUUUGAAAUUUACAGUGGGAAGGUGUUUGACCUGCUGAACAGAAAGGCUAAGCUGCGGGUUCUGGAGGACGGGAAGCAGCAGGUCCAGGUCGUGGGGUUACAGGAACGAGAGGUCAAAUGCACCGAGGACGUCCUGAAGCUCAUAGAAGUGGGAAACAGCUGCAGGACGUCCGGACAGACGUCGGCCAACGCGCACUCAUCUCGGAGCCACGCCGUGUUCCAGAUCAUUUUGCGGAGGAGGGGAAAGAUGCACGGGAAGUUCUCGCUGAUUGACCUGGCUGGAAACGAGCGCGGCGCGGACACGUCCAGCGCCGACCGGCAGACGCGUCUCGAGGGGGCGGAGAUUAACAAGAGCCUCCUGGCACUGAAGGAGUGCAUUCGGGCUUUGGGUCGGAACAAACCUCACACUCCGUUCAGAGCCAGCAAACUCACCCAGGUGUUGCGAGACUCCUUUAUUGGAGAGAACUCCAGGACAUGCAUGAUCGCGACUAUUUCCCCCGGCAUGGCCUCCUGUGAGAACACGCUAAACACACUAAGAUACGCUAACAGAGUAAAGGAGUUUGGGAUAAGCCCCUCUGACAUCCCCUUCUCGCACGGAGGUGGAGGUCGCUCCGAGCUCUCUCCCACCUAUGAGUAUGAUGACUUUGCUACUUCAGCCAGCAGGGUAAAGGAGUUGACUGUGGACCCCAGCGCGGUUGUGGAGGGCCGGACCGGCGGACACACGGUCAAUCAGUUGGACGUUUUGGAGGCGCAGUGGGGAGUAGGCAGCUCCCCACAGAGGGAUGACCUGAAGCUGCUCUGCGAACAGAAUGAGGAGGAGGUGUCGCCCCAGCUCUUCACCUUCCAUGAGGCUGUGUCUCAGCUGGUGGAGAUGGAGGAGCAGGUACUGGAGGACCACAGGGCUGUGUUCCAGGAGUCCAUCCGCUGGCUGGAGGACGAGAAGGUGCUGCUGGAGAUGACGGAGGAAGUCGAUUACGACGUGGAUUCCUACGCUACACAGCUCGAGCAAAUAUUGGAUCAAAAGAUCGAGAUUUUAACAGAACUGAGAGACAAAGUGAAGGCUUUCCGCUCCACACUUCAAGAAGAAGAACAGGCCAGUAAACAAAUCAACCCCAAAAGACCCCGCGCUCUCUAG